CGCCGCCGGGAACCGAUGCGGCUGUGAGGGGCCGCGUCUCGCCGCCGCCGCCCGGGCCGGGCAUGGUGUUGGGCGCCGGGCCCGCCUCGCCUGUCUCCGGGUGCCCAGGGUAAAGGUAGCAGUAAUGCUAACACUGGCAAGCAAACUGAAGAGGGAUGAUGGUCUCAAAGGGUCUCGGGCAGCAGCCACAGCAUCUGACUCCACUCGGAGGGUUUCUGUGAGAGACAAGUUGCUAGUCAAAGAGGUUGCAGAACUUGAAGCUAAUUUACCUUGUACAUGUAAAGUGCACUUUCCUGAUCCAAACAAGCUUCACUGCUUUCAGCUAACUGUAACCCCAGAUGAGGGUUACUACCAGGGUGGAAAAUUUCAGUUUGAAACUGAAGUUCCCGAUGCGUACAACAUGGUGCCUCCCAAAGUGAAGUGCUUGACCAGGAUCUGGCACCCCAACAUCACAGAGACAGGUGAAAUAUGUCUCAGUUUACUGAGAGAACAUUCGAUUGACGGCACUGGCUGGGCUCCCACGAGAACAUUAAAGGAUGUUGUUUGGGGAUUAAAUUCUUUAUUUACUGAUCUUUUGAAUUUUGAUGAUCCACUGAAUAUUGAAGCUGCAGAACAUCAUUUGCGGGACAAGGAGGACUUCCGGAGUAAAGUGGAGGACUACAUCAAGCGUUAUGCCAGAUGAUAGAAGGAGAAGAUCUCAGGCCCAUAACAUGAAGCAGCAAGAGGUAGCCCCUCUUCGCCCCCAUCCUCACGCUCCCUCCCAGUCCCACCGGAUUGUCCCAGUCCUGUGACCAUGUUGUCCUGAAGAAGACCAUCUUCAUGACUGCCCACUGUAGAUGGAGAAUUCUGCAUAAAUACAGCAAGAAAAUGUGUUUGGGCUUCUAAAGAGUUGUCUGCUUACCUUAACAUGUUUACUUUUUUGAAACUGUACUGUGUAGGCUGUUGGUGAAAUUCUUGAGAAGUUGUAAUGAACUCAAAAUUGAGGCUAGAGCUUGCUUACCCUUUUCCUACACAAAAUCGGUUUCAUGCACAAGUGAUGCUAAUGAUGUGUUCAGUGUAACUUGCAGAUUGGCAAUAAGAAAUCCGCUGCAAACUGUGAUUGGAUGCAAAUUCUCUUAGCUUCUUCCACGAACGUUGGCCCUGCCCAGGUGUUGUGAAGCUUCCCAGAAUGCCUAGAGUUAUUCACUGUAGAUCUCUUACUGAAAUGCAUAUUUUAUUUAAUGUAAGUAUAUUUUGGAACAGAUUUGUAUUUGUACAAUUUAAUGCUUUAAUUAUUUUUUUCUAUUCUCAUUUAGUUUGUAUUUUCAUUGUAUAGAGCAGACAGAAAGAUGUUGGGUCAAGCAACUAUUGAAGAGAAAUACAAAGAAAAUAUGUUCUGUCCAAAUGCAACAAGAAUCUGGCUCUUAAAAAUCAGCUCUUUCUUUCAGGUUGAGAUGUGGCAAGGACAUUUUGGAGCCCUUUGAGCCUAGAUAAAGUUGAUAAAAAUAAAAACUAACAAACAAAAA